AUGAUCGUCCCCGACACCACCCAUUUUCGUCGGGGAGAGGAGAUGGUCGAAAAGUCAAUUAACUCACCAUUCAUUUGCUCUCUCUUCUGUUGCAUGCAAGCCACGUUUGCGACACAUCAGAAUGAGAUCGCGUUUCCUGACGCAGAAAAGAAGAAACGAGUCACAAAGACACACAUGGCCGGAGUUCGCGACAUGGAGCUCUCUGGGAUUUUGGCAACCCAAAGGGCAAAGCAGCUCCACCGAUUUGCGCUAGCUGUCAGAACAAGGCCCACACGUUUGGUCGAUGGACUGCACCUCCUCGCCAAAAGCACGCCCUUCGAACGACGCCAGUCGACAGACAAGCUCGACGGGGAAUUCUGA